ACACAUACACACACACACAGAGAAAGAGCGAGACACUCUCGCUCGCUCACCCUCACCAGGCGCCAGCAAAACAGCGCGCGCUCUCCUUCCUUGCCUCUCGUGCAUUCCCCAAAGUAGGAGGGAAUUCAGCUUGCCCGAAGGCUCUGCCUGCAAGACGGGAAGGACUACAGAGGAUGCUUCAAAGUGUACAGCUCGGGAAGCCAGGUUUUCAGCGGGGGCUGCUGAAAGCCUCUCCGCCGCCAGCCCUUUCCUCUCCGCCUUGCGCCCCAUCGCAGCUUCCCUUCCCCUUUAUUUAUUGAUCGAUUUAUUUAAAAAGGAAAAAAAAAAAGAAAUCGGCUCUGAGAUCUCAUUGAAGGCAAUUGCCGUGAAUGAGGACAUAUUGAGGACUGCGUGGCUUCUGCUGUUACUCUGACCAUUGCCUCAACUCGUCACGGUUGAAUGAAUGUUUCGCUGCGAAAUCUAACCGGAGGAAGAAGAGGAACAGCUGCGGGAGGGGAAGGGAAAGGAGGGGGGUUCGGCCGCGGUGCCUAACCAAGUCUCCGGGAAACAAGCAUUUAAAACAAAUCGAAACGAAAAGGAAACCCCCUUUUGGUCUUUAUCUGGCGGCAGAUGCGCUUACAAGAGUGGAUCGUUGCCCUGCAAGCUUGCAGAAGUCAGGCGGGCGACAUGCAUCAGCGCCAAGGAACGGCACAGACCUUUACUUAUUUGUAAGGGCGCCCAGUCAGGUGAGUGGCACGAUGGCUAAGGGAGCUGAUAAUGAGAUGUGGCAUCUUUCAUCUCCACCCUUGCAAUCCCUCAGUGAUGAAGGAGCCAUGGGGAGUAAAGAAUCCAGCAAGUGCUUGCUUACAACCUCUGAGAGUGAAGUUGAUUCAGCAACAUCACUUGCCUUGGAGAUGAAAUAUGCACUGGAUCCCAACCGGCAGAUCAAGAAAAGAAACAAAGCCCUGCAGGUAAGAUUCAAAGACAUCUGUGAGGCCCAGAACGAGCAAAGGGACAAACAGCUCUCUACAUUACAGCAGGCUGACAAAAAGGAAGCAAAGCCUAUCUCUUACAGAGCAGCUUACCGGAAAUAUAUGACAGUGCCUGCCCGGAGAUCAAUCCCUAAUGUUACUAAAAGUACAGGAGUUCAGACUUCACCUGAACUUAAAAAGUGUUACCAGACAUUCCCUUUGGACCGGAAGAAGGGAAGUAUGAUCAAAAGCAUAGCCUCUGUUGACACCUUUCCAAGUCAAAACAAUGGAUUCUUGAUGGAUGUUAAAGAUAAAGACAGCAGAAUCUCAGGAGAGGCUGCUCAGUAUAGCAAGAAAGUCACUGGAUUUGUGACAGCUGAGUUUAUUUCACAUACUAAUGAACGCAUGAAUGCAAUAGAGCAGCCUUCUAGUGACAACUGUUCAGAAACGUGUAGAAGCACUGAUUUGCACAGCUGUACUAAAGAACCUCCUUCUCUUCAAAACUCAGCAGUUUUUGUUUUAGAGGAGCCUGAUUACCAGCUGCAUGACAAAGCAAAACACUACACUGGGCCACUGAGGAAUGAGGAGGCUAAUUCAUCCACUCACGGAAAAGUGUUCAAGACAGAAGUAGCUUCUGUCUACUUGCCUGCAUCCAGUUCACACUUCUCUCAGACUGACCUGCAAAAUUCUGCAGCAGGAGCAGGGAAUGACUGGUCUCUGUGUCCAACGGAGGAGGACAAAAAAAGAACAGUGCAUCUUAAUGGUCUACAAUCACAAGCCGUAAGUGCAGCCCAGGCCUGUUCAAUGCAGGCACAGUGCCAAUCAACUGAAUGUAAUGAACAGACCCUUCAGAUACAUGUUUCACCUAUGGAAGGAAAACAGCCUUGUCAGACAGCAGUUGCUGUGAGUGAAGGAUGUCAACAAAUUGUGCCUCACACAGAAGUAGUAGACUUGAAAGCACAGCUACAGAUGAUGGAGAAUUUGAUCAGCUCAAGUCAGGAAACCAUAAAGGUCUUGCUGGGCGUUAUUCAGGAACUGGAAAAAGGAGAAGCUCACAGAGAGGGAUAUUGUUCCAUGGGGAAAAACCUUAUGUCGAAAUCGGACCUUGACUAUGUAAUGAAAGCUUCUUCUCAUUUGUUGAGACUUGACCCAUUAAAGCUUUCAUAUCGGACUGGUCAAGACACAUCUAACUGUGACACUUGCAGGAACAGUGCAUGUAUAAUCUAUAGUGUGGAAUUAGAUUUUAAGCAGCAAGAAGACAAACUACAGCCAGUUCUGAGAAAACUUCAUCCCAUUGAGGAAACUCAGGUUGCACCUUUGCCUUAUUCCCAGGAGAGUUACUCCUCAACUCCCAAGCAAAAAUCCAAAACUGAAUCAAAAAAGCACGGAAGAUGGAAACUCUGGUUUCUUUAGCUAAAUCCGUAACAUAUGGAAUUUAAGGCCUUCUUCAAAAACACAUCCACAUACAAGGUUGUGGAUUUUUUUUAAAAGGGGAUCUUGGUAAUACGAGCAAGUGACCAUCAGCAAGAGUUUCUUUGAUAACACUGAGGAAGUAUUCUGUUCUCACCAUAUGUACCAAAAAAGGCCUUUGUACCUUUGAACUAAUGUUCAGGAGCAAGGCGUUACAUGUACACCUUGCCAAUGUUUUAUUCAAAUUUCACCAGUGUGGGAUGCAAAAGAAUUAAACAUUCAGGAUAGAAAUCCAAGUGAAUAAAGGUGAUUUCCCCCAAAAUUCCUUAAUCCACAAUCAUUUAAAACACACGCAGCAUUGUAGUGUCAGAUUACCAUCUUGUUUAUACCUGAAUAUAUAGUCCAGUAACAUUUGUUUUAAUUUUGGUGAAGAAAAACAGCAAGCCUUUCCCCCACUGCCUUCAUCAUACAUUUAAUCCUCCAAAUAUGCUGGGGUUGUGUAAUGCCAUUUUCAGCACAUAAAUAUCUUGAGGAAAGCACAAUAUUUUCAAGUGGUCUGAGACCAUGAAUUCUCUUAAAGAUGUGACUAUGUGUAUACUUGCCUUUAUGUGCUGUAGCAUUAAGCCAAGCAACUGCAUCUCAGUGAAAUGCUGGCACCUUUAAUUUAGUGUCAUAUUCAUUGCCAGAAUAACUGCUCACUUAAAACAGUUAGCAGCCAAAAGGCACCCAGAGACUGGACAUGCCUUUUAAUUGCUGGAAGUUGACAGGGUCAAAGCUAGGAGCAUUAAGCUCUCUUAGAUACCAUUUUUUAAAAUCUGUUGGUACCCAACAGCUAAAAUUCUAUGUUCUGGCACCAUAUUUUGGGAUGGGAGAAGCAAAGAGUGGUGACAUUAAAAUAACAAAACACUGGCAGCUGCCAUAAUUUAAUACUCUUUUGUAAUCCAGUCUUGAGGAAACACAAUACACUAUUGACACACUGUGCCAGACAUUUUAUAAUGUGUCGUGCUUUUUAAGAGUUCACAGGAGCCUGAUGGUUUUAUUUAGUUGCGCUAUAAAGUAUCCAACUAUCCUAAUCAUCACCUAAUGGAAUGUUUCAUAUUAACAAAUCAGAAUGCUAAAUGAAAAUGCUGUGUAACCAUACAGUUUUAAUGGUAACAUUUAAAGUAUGCCAUCAGUUCUAACUGGGCCAGCCACAGUUAAACAAUUCCCGCCAAGUUCAAUGAGAAAAUGUUGAGCAUUUGCUUAACUCUUGCAGCUAAAUAACUGAGAUUUGAAACGAUGUGAUUUUGGAUGGACUGUACUCUGAAUUAUUUCCUUUGCAGGAAACAAACAAUAUAAUUGCUUUGUUUGGAAAUGUUUCUGUUAAGCAAGAAUCUUUGAUCUGUUCUACUUUGGAUUCCAAGAGAGUAUGUGAAAGGUAUCUAGCCUACAGUUUUUACAUCUUGAAACAUUACAGAAGGUUUUUGUUUUAUUUUUUAGUAUUGUGAAGGGGUAGUAAGGGAGAGGAAAUGUUAUUGGUAGAACGUCCACCAAAAACAUACAUGAAUGUGUAAACAUAUUAUACUCUGCUUAUUAAUUAGACUUGUUAAUUUGUGUAUUAUUAAUUUUAUAUGGUCCCCCAGGCAAAUAAUUUGGUUGUUUUCUGGGAAGAAAAAUAUAUUUGAGUUAGUAGCUUAUGAAAGUGUGAUAUACGUGAUUGUUACGGUCAACUUCAAAACACUCACUUCCUGUUUAUGCUUUAACAAAAAAAACACAUCUUUUUAGCAAAAUUAAAAGAGGGCUACAGAUCACUGUACAUAAGCAAACAGAAUUUUAAAAAAUCGUUUAUUUUUCUGUGUGAAAGCUGAAGAAUGAGAAAGGCAUUAUUCUGCCAUGAAGGAAAGUGCAAUUGUUUUAUGUUGUGGGGGAGGAGGAAGACAGUGUAAUGUUUUUUAUAAUGUUUUUAAUUAAAGUUCAAAACCUGUUUACAAGUGAUCCCACCAUGAAUAUCUUAGAGUCCCAAAUACCUGAACAUUAAAUAUAUUAUUUUUUUGAAAAACAAGACAAAAUCUUAAACAUAAACAUAUGUAGAUUAGACUGAUUUAUUGUGAUAAUGUAAAACAUUAGACAAGCAGCUCAGUUCCUAUGACCACAUGCACUACCUCUCCAAUGAUCAUGACCACACCACAAUCCAGAGACGUGCAAGUGGGAUGUUUCCAUAUGUAUAGUUGGAGUUUUGUUUACUUUUGCAGAUAGCAAUAUCCAAUUCUACACCACAAGCUGCUUUUAAAAUUUUUCCCAAGUCUAAAAAAUAUAAUGUAGGGAGCUAAUAUUCCAUGAUAAUAAGCAAGACCCCACGUAUGUAAAUGCAGUUUCUCACAAACUGGAUCAGCCCAAAAGAUAAAGUGUAUUGGACACUAUCAUACAAGUUAUUAGUGUACAUGCUUAAGAGUUAUACACGUGUAUGUGGGUUUUCACAGUUUUGCUUCAGUACUUCACCAUUCCUUUUCCCCACCCAACUCAGUCAACAAAUCAUCAAAUUCACUCUCAGGUUGAUAGUUUGGAAAAGGCUGGUUUUUGGAAAAUACAUAACAUAAAAGUGUAUACUAUCUAGGAUGUAUGUUUAUGUUCUUCUGUUUUACAACUCAUAUCAUGAUUGGGUUUUUAAAAUCUGAACCAGUAUUAAAAAUUGCAUACAUCAACUAUACAUAUUAUAAACGUACAGCUCUUUGAGAUUCAUAGGAUAUGAUCUGUGGCUUUCAAGAAAUAGUCCAUAUUUUCAUGGGCUUCCUUUUACAUACAACUCUCUGAAGACAUAUUUUGCUUGUUGUCAAGUAAUACGCAAGCUACCUUUAUACAGGCAUCAGAACUAGAAAAGACAGUUGUACUCAGAAACCAUUUUGAAGCUGAAAAAUGAAACUUAGCAUUCUAUAUAUGAACAGAGUAUUUUCCUAAAACGCUUGCAAAUUUUAAUUUUACAUUUCCUCUUUCAAAAGGUAAAAUACAUACUCUUGCUCAAAAUUGUGUUAUCGUACCAUACUAUGUAACUUGUAAUAAAAUGUUCUUUGCAAGUGUGUAAAAUGUAUCAUAUUGUAUUACCCCUAGGAUCACUCAGGCAUAAUUUAGAAUUUUAUGGAGGAGAGAUUAAAAUCUGUAGCCAAGUACAAUAUGUAACUGAGAUGUAAAGCAACGGUAGUUCCACUUUAGUGGGGAUCUCAUAUAAAAGCAGGUACAACAUCCAAAAAUAAAUGUAACCGUCGUUCUCCAAUCUGGCAUAUUUUUAAUUUGCUGUUAAAUUAAUUAGCAAUUAUCAUGUGUCCCAAUCACUCAUUUACUUAAUGCUUGGACUCCAUUUCUACCCAAUAAAUGCUGCAGUAAUUUUAUAUUACUUGCUAUUUUCAUACUACAGGGACAAUAUUUUCUAAGUUCACAUAAUUCCCAUAAAGCAACAGUAACACAGAUCUUUGUUUUGAAAUUAUUCGGAAACAAUCCAUGUAAAUAUUACUUGUUUUCUUAUCAGAAGAGACCACUGUAAGAUACUUUAUAUAG